CUGAAGCUUGCUGGUAUUGGGUAUUGUGAGUUUCUAAACGACGCGAGGAGGUUUGGUAAUCGUUUAAAUUGCCCAAGGGAGUUUCUUAAGUUAAACGACGCGAGGAGCUGUUUUUGUAAAGCGUUAAUGGAAUAUUGUUUAUUUUAGUAAGGUUAUAUACUUCUCGCCUUUCAAAUUUAGAACUAAGAUAGUUUGGAGUUUAGUAAGGUAUAUGUUUAAUAAUUUCUAAUCUCUCCAGUUUGGUGCUUAUAAACAUCUCAUAUUCUUAGUUUUGAUAAUGAUAACAGACCCGGGUUGUUCACUAUCCAACGGAUAAAUCACUAUCCAGUGAUUAAGUAUUUGGGAAACCAAUUGUGUUCUCCACUGGAAAGAGAUUUGUCCAAUGGACAACGUUUUCCGCCUAUUGAACAACUUUGGGUUAAAAAGGAAGCAUUUGUUACAUUUAGCAUUUGUUAGUAUGAUGGUAUUCAUACAUGCAAAGGGACCAUUUUAAACCGAUUAGUUUGAUUAACGGGUUUAUUCAUGCGUGAACAAUGGCAAAUCAUAGUUUCAAUCCAUAUAAGAUUGAAACGUUCCAUACCACUGCUCCUUCAAUCCCCAAAGAAUUUUUUUUGGUGCACCAACAUGGCCGCCCGUUCAAUGUAUUGUACACCAAUAUGGCCGCCCGUAUCGUCAUUUGCAAACGAUCUCUAGGCUCAACGGUUAAAAGGAAUUGUAAAUUCAAUUGCCUAUUCAAUUUUGCAGGAAACGCGAGUCAGGAAGUCCAUAUUCUGUGCCUGAGGAAGUGGUUUACUUUUUUGCAAAGCUAUUUUCAACCGCUUUUAUCAAUUAUCAGAACCAAGCGCCUGGAUUUGAAGCAGCUGAGGCUGUUAUGGUAAGUUUUUGAUCCAAAUAUGGUAGUAUCAGUCAUGAAGACCAGAAAACUGAGCGUUAUAUAUUCCUUUGUCCAGAUUCGAUUUACCGGUUCCUUUGAUGCGUUGAGAUCGCAGUGGUGUUGGAUCAUGAAUCCUGAUCGCGGAUCAUCCCAAAGGACAUUCUGCCAGCAAAGCCUUUCUUUCGCUUCAGGGGUGGAUCUAGGGGAAGAGUCCAGGGGGUGCACACGCCCCUCCACCUCCCCCCGAGAUGACUUUAAGCUUUCUAAUACAACUGGUAUUCUGUCGGUUGAAGUAGAACAUGGGACGAGGUUGAAAAUUUAUGUUAAACGCCGUGAAAAUGGUAGUUAAAUUUGUAGUUUCUUAGUGGUCCACCCCCUCCUGAGAAAAAUCCUGGAUCCGCCCCUGCGCUCUCUCAAUUUUGCGUACUCGAGAAAGACUCUGUAUAUAAAUGAAUCGAGGAAGAUCAUUUUUGAGCAUGCGCGUCAUAUUGCAAGGAUACGGUUUUGAUCCUAGGCCCCAUAGCUGUGCGCUAACUACAAAGGGUCUCGGCUAUGACCACCGUUACUGUUAAUCCUUCUUUUUUUCUUUUUCUUUUUUUUCCAACCUUUUAGGAUACAUCUCAAAACCUUCGAAGUAAGCAUGGUUAUCUCUGCCCCUCGCACUUCUGUGAAGUGUUUGAUCGUUGUCUACGAGACAACCCCAAAGAGAGACCGUCCUUCUCUGAGAUCAGUCAAUCUCUUAUGGCGAUAGUAAGUCAGAUGUGUUCUUCUCUUAUGUAGCUAGUAAAAUACAAGAAGAACCAAAAGAAUCGAAGUCAUAACAAGAAAACCCCUUUUAGCGCAAAAAAAAAAAAACACUGUAAGACACAACUUAACUAUGCAUUCACAAUGUACAUAGUAUUAUUUGACAGUACAUUUUAAAGUAGAUUUGAGGAUAUACAGCAUUUCUCAAUAUUUGCUUUUACUUGAAUGUUUAAUUUAUUCAGGAAAAUCCUUUAAAAGUCAAAGUGAAAAGAAGCUUCAGUGCAGAAUCAACGGGGUUUCUUAGAGGCGAGACGGGGGAAUUGAUAACUCUCAUUUCCAAGGACCGUCACAGGUUUGCUCCAAUUCGUCAUAAAAUCACUAGUUUUUGUUUUCUUUGAUAUCACUUCGGACAAGUCCUUGUGUUUUUGUUUAAACUGAUUUGGACAUAAAAGCCAUGAGUUUUUAACAGAUAAAACAUACCUAUGAAAGACAAACUGUGAUUGUAUUUUCUAACUUUCUCCUAUCCUGAAAAUUAUCGCGUUGUGAAGGAAUGAACACCACCAAAUGAAGACGAAGUUGUUUAGUUUUACUGAUGUAAAUAUUUUUUCUGUGUAUGUAUAUUUUAAGAGAAGAAAAGAAUGUAUGGCUUGGUGAAACACAAAGCAAGGAAGUUGGGUUUUUCACAGCAGAAAAUGUGAAGGAAGUUCCUGUCUCUGAGCUAACAGAAGGUGCGAGGACAAAAUGCGUAGCAAUGAAAAUAAAUCUUUCGUGUUAUUAGUUCAAUGUAUGAUCUUUCUUCGAAUUUAAAGCAAAUAUCUCUUAUAGAGUGCUUUUUUGGUGUUACAAAACGAUAAAAGGCAGCCUUGUUGGUGUCCAAACCAAUCCUCUGCGAGCUGAACUCUUGUUUUAUAUAAACCCUUUUUUUUGUCCGAAUAAAUUAGCAUAGACGUGCGUGAAAACCCUCCAUAGCAACGACGCAUCUCUGAAGGGAAUAAGUCACACACAGGACCUGUGUUAUUGCAUUAGUUUCUUGACUAGUAAUGCCCGAAUGAUUUCAUGAUCAAGUACAGUAAGUGAUGCAUCCGUAAUUUCAAAUUGUGGGGAAACAUGCAAAUCACCCGACUUUGCAUUCUUAUGCCAGUAUUUUUACUUGUGUAACAAACAAAAAGAAAUUUAAAAUUUUAAAAGGCAUUUUCGUUCCACAGAUUCAUCAGUGCCACCAGAGAUUCUUGCCCGAGGACCUAGGGCUCAGCGUGCUUACGAAAGAGCUUUGCAGAUUGGGAAAGUCAAAGUAUACCGCGGGCGCAUCAUGAUCCUUGGUCAAGACCGUGCUGGCAAGACAAGCUUGAAGAAAUCCCUGCUUGGUUUGCCGUUUGACCCUCAAGAAAACAGCACAAUAGGAGUGGAAGUUGAUCCUUCCAGAUGUGAACUGGAAGUUGCUCAAAUAAAGAACUGGGAACCUACAGAACGGAAGAAGUUUGAUGUCUCUGAUUUUGCUGAAGACAUGGCAAAGUUAGUCGCCAGAGAUUUGAACCAAACAGUUGAUCACGAAAAUGUCUCUGAUUUUGCUGAAGACGUGGCAAAGUUAGUCGCCAGAGAUUUGGAUGACACAGUUGAUCAAGAAAAGGUUUCGACUGCGGGUUCACCUUCACAAAAGGAGGUAGUGUUCUUUUCAUGCGAAUCAUCUAAAAUACGCUUAAAAAUUCCAUUACGAGGUUUACUGCCUAGAUGAAAGAAGUAGCAUUAAAUAAAGAGUGAUUUUGCUUUAAUGUAUUAUAAUAGUUGUUAAGCAGUAAAAAAAUAAUAAUAACUUUCGUCAAUUGCUUGUGACUAAGGCCACGUCUACUCGUAUCCGGAUAUUUUUGAAUCCGCACCUUUUUCUUUCCGGAUACGGCCUCGGUCCACACGUAUCAGAUGCAUCCGGGAUACUAAUCCGCUCUCCAGAGUGGAAGUUUUUGAAUGCGGUAUGAAUCCGGAAUCGUGUGUUCGCUAAAUCCGGAUAUAUAAAAAUUUUUUCAUCCGGUGACGUAACAAGAUCGAGCCAGGUCUUUACCUUGAAUACUGUAUUCAAGAUGGCAAGCUUGUUCCCAGAUUCUCUCAAUGUAAGGUAAGAUGCAAAGUUCGGGCGCUUUACGACGCAUGCUCUGUUGCCAAUAUUCCCAGUGGAGUCUUGGGUACUAAAGUGAAUCCGGAUACGUGUGGACGGGUAAAUCCGAUUUGAAUGCGGAUACUUGUGGACAUGGAAAUUUUUGAAUCCGGAAAGAAAAAGUUGCGGAUUCAAAUUCGCAUACCAAUUAUUUUUGCCAAAACUGAAAAAACCGAGUCGGUGUUCUACUGACAUCUUUAAAGAAAUUAAGUUUGCAAUGUUCAGAAGAUCAUCUUUGUAGUCAGCUACAAAUUAGAUGGUAGAGUAUUUAUGAACAUGUCUACUACAACGUACUCCGGGACUUUUCGUCAUAUAUGUGAGUAGAACAAUCUUUAACUACCGCGGUUUACAUUCAUUGUAGUUACUGCAUAACAACCUGCCUAAUGCUGCUGUUGCUGCUGCUGCUACUGCUACUGAGUCAACGCCAGAUACUAUCAUGGUUAAGGAGAUGGAAGAGGAAUCUUCUGACGAUAGUGAUCUAGAAAAUAGCUAUCAAGCUGAGCUCAAUAUCGGCAGCACCUCAGUCGUACCAAAUGACGUUACCGAAUUGGUUGUCCGGUACCUAAAGAAUCUGAAAUUAGAAGACGACAUCAAAGUGAAGGAAGUGGUUUUAACGCUCUGGGAUUUUGCAGGUCAGCACCUUUACUAUGCAUCCCAUUCUGUGUUUCUUUCCCGGCGUGCAAUUUACAUCUUAGUGUACAACCUCCACAAAAGUAUAUGUGCCAAAGCAGAACCUCGUGUCAGGCAAGGCACUCAUGAUGUUGUUCUGGACAACCCAAACAAUGAGACCAAUCUAGAUCAUCUUUUGUCUUGGUUGGUAUCUGUGCACGCCAUUGUGCCCCAAGCGGAUCGAGUGAGCAAAGACCUCGAUAGCCAAGCGACGAGUGUACCUUACCUACGUCCUCCAGUGAUCAUUGUGGGUACAAAUGCCGAUCAACCGUUUGAAGAUCCCAGGGCCACGGAAAAGUGCAUCCAGAAGAGUGUCUCGGGCAAAACAUACGAGAAGCACGUGAUCAGGCCAUUCUUUGCUGUUGAUAACACCAAGUCGAACAAAGAUGGAGGGGUUCAAGAACUACGCCGGAAAAUCGUGGAAGUUUUGAAUCAAGAGCCUUACAUGGGAGAGGAGGUACCGCUGAGGUAAAAUGCUGCCGUAUUUCCUUUAAAAUGUUAUACCAACCUUUUUCAAGGCCUGUUUACUCAAGCACUUGAAAACAAAAGAACUACCAGUAGUCUGUGGUAACGUGAUGAUAGCGUAAGCGGAAGCUGCACUAAAUCUAGUUAAAGCCAUUAAAUUCUUUCUUAUUCUUAGCUGUCAACGGCAAAAAUCUUAAUUAAUUCUUGGAAAUCGAAGUAGUAGGGGCUUUCUCAAAUUUAGAAAAUAUUAUUUAAUUUCAUUAACUGUCUUUAGGCACUUUACGAGAAAUAGCAGUUUUUUUCAUGUUUCUUGGAGGGUGUAAAAGCAGAUGACGUGUAAAAGUUUGCAUGGUCCAUUCCUCAGAUGGUUUAACUUCGAAAAAGUUGUAGAAGCAUUAGUGGCCAAGGGAACCUACUACAUGGAUCUAAAUCAGCUCCUGACUGUCACAAGACAGGUUUGCCGCAUCUCUGACGAGGAUGAGUUGACAGCCAUGCUGAAUUUCUAUCACGACCUUGGCGUGAUUGUUAAACACGGCCAGACUGUGGUAUUGCAGGCGCAGUGGUUGAUCGAUCUUUUCAAACAACUGAUAACUGUGCGGCCUUUUGAUGAAGUUGUAAGUUAUGUCUGUUGAAAAACGAAAUUACAAUACAAACUUUAAAGUGAUUCUUAUAGCUUUGAUGUUUUUGUUACACUGACAUAACAUAACAUAACAAAAACUUUUUUUAUACUCGAAUGUAGAGUAGGCAACAAGCUAAUAUCUUCGAGCUGACACUACAUAAAAAAGAAAAAUAUUUUAAAUGCAUUAUGAAUAAUAAUAAUAAUAGAAAAAUAUUAUUUACAAUUUUAAGUAUAAGUAUGUACAAGCAAAAGAAUCUACAUUAAGGUAACACCCUGCAUCUGCAUUUUAUUUUUAAAGUCCGGCUGCAAAAAGCUAGUACGAAAAAAGUCUGGCAGUGCAUUCCACUGCCUAGCUGAAAAGUAAGAAAAGGAGUUAAGAUCUUUCUGAUAGUUGUAUUAGGUUUACUAAAUGAAAGAAUGUAUUUGCCACGAAGAUCAUAGGAAGAGGACCGGAGCUAAAAUAGAUAAUUCAUAUUAGCAGGAAAAUGAAUGAAAAACAAACUCUUAUGUAACAAUAAGAGGAAAUUCUGAACGCACUUGUUACACAGCGAAGUAGAGUUGACUUUUGAAAGAAGAAUGGUGAAAUGUAACUCCAUCCAGUGGUAUCAUUUCCAUUUGCCCCUUGAGAAACAAGAACGGAACUGGAGCCGAAAUGCCUCUCGCAGUUGUUUCUGGGAUCGUUGGUGGAGACUCGCCGGUCAGCUAUUGGCUAUUUUCCCCCUGUCCCCAGUAACAUUCCCAGACGUCUUUGCGAAAGUUCGUUCGAUCCAGUCUCACUCUAGUUUCAUAAGUGACGAAUUUAGACGGUAAGCAUUAGACCCAUCGGCCUAAACCCCCUUAGACACCUUAUGAAGUUUGCACAACCUAGGAUUCCUUAUCGCUUCGGUAUUGUGAUUAAGGUUAAGCAACAAUACUGAUUAGGGUGAAGCACUGAAAAUAGUAAUUAUGGUUAAGCACUGACUCCAAACGGUUAGCUUCUAUUUAGGGUUAGGGUUGUUGCUAUAUAGCUUCAAAUCAAAUCAAUGCUUGCCAGCAAAUCCUCAGUGGCGUAGUGGUAUAGGUGAUAGACUGCAGACACUAAGCUCCGGGUUCGAUUCUUACUCGCGCUCUUCUGAAUUUUUUUCCCUUAAAAAUUGAAGAGACUUUCACUUUCAUGAACAUUUCCUGAGCAGAAAUGUCAAGAAACUUAGAAAUUUCAUCUAAGUGUAGUCUAGAAGCAAUAAAACAUACUACGUUGUGUAAGUUUCAUAAGGUGUCCAAGAUGUUUAGGCCGAUGGGAUCAAUUUAGACCUUACUCGACGCUAAUGUUUAUCAUUCCGUUUAUGAAUGUUUAACACGGUCAAAAAAUCCGCAAGAUUGUUUUGUUCUAUUAUUAUUGAGAAUGCCGUAUCUUUUGCGAAAUCUUCGCAAACCCUCAGCGUCUCAAAAAAAAAGAGAUCGUCGUUUACUAUUAAUGACAACAUUGUUUGCUUUGGCCCAUUCUUGUCUAAACGUAGCAUGGCCAAUUUUUUUGUUUCUUUGCCUGUUUGUUUGUUCUUGUUGCUUUUUUUUUAUUUUAGACGAGUUGUAUAAAUUAAACAUCUUUUUUCUUUGUAUUUAGGAUCCUCUGUUUUCAGAGUGCUGGCUUGAGCUUGAGCAAAGCGGCAUUCUAAGGAUGGCUCUGGUUGAUCACAUUUUUUCAGAAUUCAUCCAGAAAGGCCUGAGUAAGCAGGAUAUUUUGGACAUGAUGGAGGUCUAUGGAUUGAUCACCAAAUUGUCUUGUUCAUCUGCAGAAAGCGGACAGGAGCAAACUGAGUUCUUUGUUCCCUCUCAGCUAAGAUCAUCUCCGUCAGGUCUCUGCGAAUUGAAGCCUUCUGAAAGCGAUCCAUGUCCGUUGUACCUUCACUUUCUUGACGGCUUUGUUCCUAACGGUUUCUUCCCUCUGCUUUUGUCAAAAUUUAUUCACUGGUGUUCAAAACAGAGGUUAAAAGGACCACCCCAGUUAUUCCAAAAUGGCGCAAGGCUUCUCAUCGGUGUGCAUGACAUUUUUGAGCUUAUUCUUCUCUGCAGAAAGAGGUUCAUCAAGGUCUUGUUAAAGAAAAAAACUACUUCCAAUUCUUCGGCCGGAACAUGUGCUACUCGAUUGAUGGCUAAUAAGGUUCGAGACUCUCUAGAAGAAACUUUGCAAAGUUUGUCUCGUGAACUAUCCUGGUUAUACAACCUUCGCUAUGAACUAUGUGUCUUAUGCACCUCUUGCUUGCAAAGCAGUGAGCAGUGUAGAAAGCACGGCUUAGUAUCCUGUGAUCACGACGAUUGUCAGCAUCUUCUGCAGGUACUACCAAGGGAGGAGCUGUUGUGUUUGAGAAGUUUCUGUGAUAACACAGUGAACGUUCAUGGAUUGGAGAAAUGGUUUCAUCUCACUAAGGUAAAGGACUAUAUCUAG